AUAAUCAACAACAGACGCGCUGAUUUGCUGUGGUGCAUCUGUAGAGGGCGCAUCCUGCGUCCGACGAUGAAGUAGCCAGUCUGCAGCAGGAUGCUUCGGAGCUGGGAGUGUGCCUUGCUAGUCGGGUGCGGGCAGAGAUGGCGUCCUGAUGCCGGUGAAUAAGCAGAAAGAAGAGCAGAGGGAGGGGAAGGGCUGAGGCUGAGGACGAUGACGGGCCGCAUCAUUUCCUGCGUCGGUUUGCGGACAUUUCUUGGAGCAGAGCUUUGAUUCCUCGGAGCUCUGGCGCUUCGGCUGCGCUGUCUAGCUCAGCUGUUUCUCCCUGCUCGACCAGAGGAGAGGGGGGGCCGGGGCGAUGGCCGCGGGCGGAGCAGGAUGCGGAGACACGGCGGAGGAGUACCGCGUCGAGGCGGAGCGCCUCAGCCGCGAGCUGGCGGAGGCCACGCGCGAGAAGAUCCGGGCGGCGGAGUGUGGACUGGUGGUUCUGGAGGAGAACCAGAGCCUGAAGCAGCAGUACGCCGAGCUGGAGGCCGAGCAGGAGACGCUGAGGCUGGAGCUGGAGCAGCUGCAGGAGGCGUUUGGCCAGGCCUACUCCACCCAGCGUAAGGUGGCAGCGGAUGGGGAGACCAACGAGGAGACGCUGCUGCAGGAGUCUGCCACAAAGGAGGCCUACUACGUGGGCCGUCUCCUGGAGCUCCAGUCGGAGCUGAAGCAGAGCCGGGCCGUGGCCUCCAGCACCCAGGCCGACAAUGAGCAUCUGAGCAGCGUGCUGCAGGAGCUCAGGGAGCAGAGUAAUGAGAUGUUAGAGCUGCAGCACAGCCGGAUGGGAGAGGAGACCAGGGAAUACAAGUUUCGAGAGUCGCGGUUGCUCCAGGAUUACACCGAGCUGGAGGAGGAGAACAUCUCUCUGCAGAAGCUGGUGUCAACGCUGAAGCAGAACCAGGUGGAGUAUGAAGGCCUGAAGCAUGAGAUCCAGGUUCUAGAGGAGAAGACAGAGCUGCUGAGCAGCCAGCUGCAGGACACGCUGCGCUUAAAGGACAUGGCUGAGGUUCAGUUGGAGGAAGCGCUGGAGUCUUUGAAGAGCGAGCGUGAGCAGAAAAGCCACCUGCGCAGGGAGCUGGUCCACCACCUGAGCAUGUGUGACGUGGCCUACACCGGCAGCGCCCACCUGGUUUUCAGCUCGGCCCCGCCCAGCGGCACGGCCACGCCCACCACUCUGCUCUCCCCCAGCGCAGAAGACGCGACGAGGUACAAUGGACACGUCCCUGCAGGAGCAGGAGCAGGUCCAUCGGCAGUGUCGGUGCCCAGGCCUAACGGAGAGUGCAGAGCGACUGGUCAAAGAGCUGAAGGGCUGAUGACAUCAGACCUUCACAGUGAAAUGAACCUCACAGAGAUCUACAAGCUUAGGCAGCAGAUCGUCACAGUUGAAUGUGAGAAAGCAGCUUUGAUGAGCAGCUUGCAGGAAUCCCAGGCUCAGCUCCAACACACCCAGGGGGCUCUAACUGAGCAACAUGAAAAGAACCGCAGUCUUAGCCAGAAGUUCAGUGCCCUUCACCACCUGCAUGGACGGGCCCACAUCAAUGGGGACGAACUCUGCACCGUCCCCUCUGCUGAACCCAGCCCUCAGGCCCCUAAAGAUCCAUACAGAGAUGAGGAUGAGGCUGAGGAAGUGCGAGAACCUGACAGAGAGAGAAGUGAGACGCUUAAGAAGAGCCAGCUGUUUUCAUACCAAACGCCAGGUUUGGAGAUCCUCCAGUGCAAGUACCGCGUAGCUGUCACUGAGGUGGCACAGCUAAAAGCAGAGGUCAAAGCCCUCCGUGACAGGCUGGCUCAGCGUGGGGAGGGAGCUGCAGAGCUGAAGCCUGGACGAAGUGGGGAGCUUCAGAAGCUGGAGAGGCAGGUGGCCACUUUGCAGAAGAGCUGCAAAGAAGAACGUGAGAAGAUUACUAGUCUGGAGCUGGAGCUGCAGGCCGCUCAGUCAGCAGCAAGUGAGAGCCAAGGGGCCCUGAACGCAGCUCAGGACGAGCUGGUGACACUGAGUGAGGAGCUGGCCCAACUCUACCAUCAUGUCUGCCUGUGCAACAAUGAGACGCCCAACCGGGUCAUGCUGGAUUACUAUAGACAAGGCCGAGGGCUCAGGGGACUCAGUGCCACUAUCAAAGCCAUGUCUUUAGACAACACCAAGGUUCUCCUCACACCACGCCUCGCUCGGCGGCUGGCUGCCGUGGUUUCGACAACCUCGACACCCGGGGACUCGUGGAGCCCGUCAGAGUCUCCAUCCAAAGAGCCUCUACCUCGGGACGUUCGAGGGGAGCACAAAGAGGGGGACAGGCAGGGCCCCCAGGAUCCAUCGGAGCCCUGCACACCUCCAACGCGCUCACCCAGCAUCAGUGCCUCUUCAUCCUCGUCGUCGUCAUCAUCACCUUCCCUUGAGCCAGGUGGCGAGCUGCGCAGGGAACCCCUGAACCUCUACAACCUCAAUGCUAUCAUUAGAGACCAGGUGAAGCACCUGCAGCGAGCAGUGGACAGAUCUUUGCAGUUGUCCAGACAGAGAGCUGCAGCCAGGGAGCUGGGCCCUCUGCUGGACAAGGACAAGGAGAGCUGCAUGGAGGAAAUCCUGAAGCUCAAGUCCCUUCUCAGUACUAAGAGAGAGCAGAUAACCACACUCAGACUGGUGCUCAAGGCCAACAAACAGACGGCAGAGGUGGCGCUGACCAACCUGAAGAGUAAGUACGAGGCAGAGAAAUCCAUGGUGACUGACACCAUGACGAAGCUGAGGAAUGAGCUCAAGGCCCUGAAGGAGGAUGCUGCUACUUUCUCCUCCCUGCGAGCCAUGUUUGCCACCAGGUCAGGACGCAUAUACACAAUACACACAUGGACUUUAAUGGGAGGAUGGUGUGACGAGUACAUGACCCAGCUGGAUGAGAUGCAGAGGCAGCUGGCUGCAGCAGAGGACGAGAAGAAGACUCUGAACUCUCUCCUGCGGAUGGCCAUCCAGCAGAAACUGGCGCUCACCCAGCGGCUGGAGGAUUUGGCCUUUGACCAGGAGCAGACCCAGCGCAGUCAUGGGUGCAGGCUGAGCCGUGGGAAGACCAGCACCCGCAAAGUGAGCCCUUCAGCUGCAGCCGCAGGCUCCAGUUCUUCUACGGCCCCUGGCACCCUCCAUCCUUCUGGCCUUACUAGCCCUACAGCAGUUCUUCUUGAUGAGCCCAUCAAACCUCUGAGUCCGUCUGUGGUCGGUGGAGCUGCUGCUGAGGUCAGCUCGCCCACCUCAAACUUAUCCCCUUGCAGUUCAUCAUUAGCCACAGUUACCUCGUUUGCUGACCCUUCGGUGACAGACUGUCCCCCAUCUCUGGAAGCGCCUUCCUCCCCCUCGGCAGUGACACAGCCCUCCAGCCCUCUUAGCCUGGCUCACUCCCAGUGGACGCUGGGGGUUCAAACAUUUGUGGUCGACAGUUUCAAUGUCAACAUCUCCCCUGCGCUGGCUCGCGGCCAUGGCCUCUCCAGACACUACCCUCCAGACAUUCGCACCUCCUCCCCAACUACAACCAUGGCCAGGCCCAGCCAGCCAGACUCUGCUCCCUCCUCACCAUACAGGUCCCCUGUGCUGGGGCUCAGACGGUCUACAUGGAGCCCCUCAGCCAGAACUCGGCCUAUUUCUGGCCUGACUCACUCGUCUGUCUUUUACACUCCUUACUCAUACUCUCCUUAUUCCUCCUCCCAUAACUAUUCAUCUUCCCACUACAGCUCGUCUCCUGCUUUCACUUCCUCCACCUCCUACAGCCACUCCUCCCACUAUACUCCCCUCUACCCCAGAUACUCCAGUUCUUACCGGCCUUGGCACUGACCCACACUGUAGAUGCUUCACUUUAGCCUCUUUUUGACUUUUCCAAUGUGCUCCUUAUUGGAACUGGAACUGCAGCUUUUACGCUCUCUCUCUCUUCAUCACAAAGAGGACAACACAACUAUUGUCUGUUUUCUGUGCCUAAGCCUUGACAAAUGGGUUUUGAAUGUUCACUGACUUUGCUCAGGGAUUUGACACGAGGAGCACAUGCAGCCGGCCUUCCUGUUCUGUGGAGACUGCUGAUUGGUCCACAGGUGGGCGUUAAAGGAGACCUUUCCUAUGUUCAGUGGUUUAAACAGUAGCAGUGCAUUAACCAAUACUGCAAACCAUGUAUCUGUCAAUUCAGCAAUCACCAUGACAAAGUACUUGGGGUUGAGUAUGAUGGAAGGAAGAAAGUUGCAUUUACACCCGCAGGCAGCGAGGAAGCGAGGUGAGUGCUGAAGGACUGUAUUCUCCGGCUAAUACUCUGUUUAAACCACACUGACUCCUUGACUUGAUUCAGAUGGAUGUUACCAUUGUCAUCCCUAGCAGUUUGUCCACCUCUAGCAUCACCCAGCGCUUUGUUCGUAUAUAUAUCCAUGUACUCAGCACACUGCAAGGUGUAGAGAAGGUGCUGCAGAUAUGAGGAAGAGAGGACUCAGACAUGGAAUAUGACUGAAUUACACAUUUAGAUCCUACCGUUUGGAAAUUUACCUCUGCAUUAGUCCCAUCACCUGGGGGAGCAGUGGGCAGCCAUGGUGCGGCGCCCGGGGAGCUAGUGUGAAGUGUCUUGCUCAAGGACACACCCCUACGUGCUUAGCUACCAAGCCACUUAAGGAUGAUGGCAAUUACAGAUUUCUCAAUGAUAAUAAUAAUAAUAAACAGAAUUAAUUCAAAAGGUUCAAAGAGCCCAUUCCACUAACCGCAUCAUUUACUGGCUCUAUUCUUAUACACACACUUCAAAUGAGCCAAGUUUGGCCAAUAGACAGUGGUGAAUUGUGGAUGCACCACACAGGUACGGUAGAUUACAUCAAGCUGGACAGACCCAACUCCAUCAUGGCUGAGUUCACAUAGACUGAUGCAAUAUCAACCUUUCUGAGGCCACCGUACACUUUCACGACACUGCACUAAACUCAGGGAAGUUGAAAACAUACAUUUAACCCACAAUCUGUAAACCAAACUUGAAUUACUGUAAACAUCCUGGCAUCAUUUUGGGGAGUACACUGGACCUGCAGUAAAGAGGACGCUGGUCCAAACCAAAAAGAACAGUGUAAACUUAAAGCUUCAAGAAGGAACAGCAGGAGAAGUGUGUUGGUUGGUCGCUGUAAUGUAGAACAUACACCAUGAAGUUCACUAAUGUCUUUGCAUCCUACAACUCUAGCAUAUUAGUAACUGAACUGUAUAGUUCAGAACAGGGGUGUCCAAACCCCUCACGGGCCACUGUCCUGCUGAUUGUCCAACUCUCCCUGAACCCGCUAAUACUGAUCACCUUGACUAGAUGUGUUCAGUCAAUCAGCAGCUAACUGACAGGGAGAGUUGGAAAACUAGCAAGGCAGCAGCUCUCGAGGACCAGGGUUGGACACCCCUGGUUUAGAAUCAUGACCUAUCAACAUUUACUCCACCAACACAUUCUUAUUGUAUAGAGUUGAUGUUGCGUCUUUAUCAUGUACCUUUAACCUCUGAUCAGUUUGAGACAGUACCACUUUAGCACAUGCCACCAGGUUUCCUGUGUGUGUCUGUGUGUGUGUGUGUGUGCCUUCACUGUGCCUGGACUGUCUGGAAACAAAUGUUUUCGUGACACUGUGUUUUGUGUAUUUCUUCCUGGCUUAUGACUCUGCAAGUUCACUAUGUCACUUUGUUUUUGUCACAGUGUCAGACUUUUGUCCUUCAUGCUGUUCUUCUGUUCUCUUUUCCUAUUGAUCCUGUAUCUAAUACUAUAAGAGAUGCACUUUUCAAUAUGCAACAUGGGGCAACACCUCAUUUGACAGGCACCUUUUACAAUCUGAUUGGCUGUUUUAAAAACUUCAUCCUGAUCUUGACACAUCCCGUUCAGCUCUGUAUGUCUGUGACAAUUCAUGAAGAGUCAUGUUAACUGGAAAUAAGCCCAGUUAACAUGACUACACCUUCAGUCAUCCCAUACAGUACAUAGUGGUAAGAUAAGUCCACUGAUCUGUGUUAUAGAUGUAUUUUCUGCACAUUUUUAAUAAUUUUAAUAUUUUCUUGUGUAAGAAUCUCUGAAUUUGCGCAUUUCCUGAUCUAACGUGUGAACAAACCUGGGGUGGAGCAGCAGCCUGAAACUCAAGAGUCACAAAUGUGCGGAUACAUGGAACGUUCCCUUCCUGAUUCACAGCUUGACUGCAGUUUUGGUUGAAAUAAAUACAGUCAAUUCACAACAUGCUAUUUCUUGGUAGCAUUGCUCUGCACCUCAGGUACAGUGAUUAUGGUCUUAACAGGAACCUGACACAUUUUAUUUUUGCUGUAGUCACCAAGUAGCAGUGCUGCUUUAGUGGAUGUUGGCAGAAGGUAAACCCAGCACCAUAUCUCCACUCUGUCCAGACACACAUAGAAACAUCUCCACUGCUAAAUGUCAUAAUUAUGGGUCUGAACCAAAGAGAGGCAACAUGACAUCAGCUGUGGUGUUCUGCCCCAUGUCCACCUGCUGGAAUAUCACAUUCACUGAUGCUGCUUCACAAGAAGUGUUUGGACUUUGUUCUGGACUGUCCUGUGGGACACACACGGUUAAAGCUGACUGCUUAGUCAGCUUGGCUCUACUUCUGGUUGGUUUAUUCUUUUUCUGCCUGAACAUUUGUUAUGGGUCACAUUAUUAAAGCUUUUGAUUGUUUUCAUAA